AGUGCGCUGUUGUGUUCAAGCAAUGAAACAAUAAUUGCGGUUAAAAUGCGCUUGUUUUGUAGAUAUUUUGACAAGUUUUGCUAAGUCAAUGACCAAUUGGAAAUAUUGAUCUGUGUGUUAUAAAAUCGGGCGCUCCCUAUCGGUGACGUCUAAAACUGGCAUUCCCCCUCCAUAAACUCCGUCGCGGCGCCUGAAAAUCGACGUUGUAGUACUACCUGUGUAGUAUUCAUUAUCAUGUUAAAUAGACAAUUUUAUUUCAUCGUUUCCACAUUUUUGGUUUUUAUUUAUUAAAAUGGUAGUGGUGUAGGUACAUUGGAAAAAAUAAAUCAGUGUACUUAAUGCGUUGGGUGGUUGAAUCGAUAAAAAUGUAACUCUUCAUCAUUUCAGUAUGUUUGGGCGUUAAUCCCGAAGAUUCGUCGCUACUUGUUACCAUUUGUUGCUUACCCUUAACCCAGUAAAUCACCACCAAAUAAUAACAUGUCGGUACCUGGAAGUACCUCUGGUGUUAAUUCACGACGUCAGAAGCGCAUGGGUCCUGCCCCUUUCGCCUCUUUUGAAGACCUCUCAGACGAGGUGAGAUCCCGUCUGGAGAGUCCCGAAGACAAAAACCCGGCCGGAUCCGUGGUCAGACUUCCAGGUAUCCGAGAAGACGCGACACCAAUCGACCACCCUGGCAUAAGUCUCUUAGGUGCAAUGCCACUCUCCAGCCCCCAGAAACUAACACCAAGAAUCGACAUUUCCCGAGCCAGUAGUUCAUCACAUCAUGACAGUCGAGACAGCACUCCAGAACGUGAACUUUUCGAUCAUGAAGCCCCAAAAUUAGGUCUAGGCUUUCGGGAAGAAGGCGCCCUUGAUUUACGAUCAUCAACUGAAGAAUUGGACUUCCAAGACCCACAAGAAGUGAAGAAAAAACCCACCAAACCACAAUCACCCGAAGAAAUAAGCCAUCAUCAAAGAAAAGAUUCACAAAGUUCCGAAAUUGGUUUAUUGUGUAUUUCUGGACGUACGUCACGACUUUCAAGUAUCGGAAGUCAAGGUUCUGGACAUAGUCGCUUAUCAAAUGCGAGUCAUCUUUCCGUUAUUUCCAACCAAUCAGGACUGUCACGAUCACCAUCGCCUCAUAAAAUGUUACUCGAGACGUCGUUUUGUGGCACGAAACCACCGGAAAACGCACCGAAUAACAAGAGCCAAACCGGGACCAAAAUCGAGACGGAAGUGCUCGAAAAAGUGCUUCUUGCACGCAAACAUGACCCGACUCAGGCCGUUCUCGCCGAAGGGAUUGCGGUACCACCUCCUAAACCCAAACGUGUGCUACAAAAAAGUGAUAUUACAAUUAAAGUGGACGAACCAAGCAAUAAUAACAUUCCGCGAAAAUUUAUUGCAAAAAGUGGAGUGGAAUACAUUUAUAUCCCACUCAAAGGCCCUCUCCCAUCCCAACCUGAAACAACCACCACCAACACCAAACCAAAACUCCGCGAAGUUAAAUCAGCCACAAUCCAACCUAAAACCAAAACACCAACCAAACCUAAACCGAAAUCAGCCUCGCCUUCACCGAAACGCGAAGACGAACCAAAAUACAUCCGAAUCAAACUAAAACCUGACCACAUGUACAGCAACAGCCAAGAGGAGGAGUCCAAACCUGAAACUUUGGACUUACAACCUGAACCAAAACCAAUCGAAAGUCCAAAACCAUCAACAGCAACACCAUCACCUUCACUCUCCCGGAAAAGCUCGUUCGCUUCACUUUUCCGGAGCAAAGAAACGAUUAUAAGUCCGGAAUCGCCAACCGGUUGCAAACGAAAAUCACUCGGCGGUAUUUUAAGCGAGAGUUUGAAAGAACGAAGUCGUUCGAAAAGCCGCGAACGUGAUUUAUCCAACGAAAGCAUCGGCAAGCAAAAGUCGGUCUUUUCGCGUUUUCGCAAAAAAAAGGACGAAACGACGAGUUCAAGUGAAGUUUUGCCGAAUUUCGACGCAAUUGCCAAAGUAGAAUUUAAAUUUAAUGAUAAUAGACACGAAUUAGAAAGCGAUUCGGUUCGAAUUCCCUUGCAUUCGCCCACGUUUUACGAAGAUCGAACCAUUGUAACUUCGAGUCAAGACAGUCAGGAAACUGUGAUUGAAGUCAAUCGAACGGAAAUGGAAGUACAAGUCGAAAGCAAUAUUACGGUGAAUGGUGGUGGUGGUGCCAAAAGCGAGCCACAAAGACAGAGUAGUACAAGUAGUGAGAAUGUGGUGUUUUCAACGAAACUUGGAAGUAAUAAUGAGAUUUUCUCGACCAAGUUGCCCAAAGAUAAGGCGAAAGAACCGGAGAUUAGCUCGGCACCUGAGGACGUUUCGUCCGAAUCGGAACGAGACUCGGAAGCUGAACUGCCGAAAAAAAAGGAUUUGAAGCUGGAACUGGAUUAUGUGGAGCCGGAACGGAAAGAACUGGUCUUGCAAGACUCCUAUGACGACGAGCUCCCCUACGUGCCCACAACCCUCCCUCAGGAGCGUUCGGCCGCCCUCCCCAUCAUCCCCAUCAAGCAGCGUUCAACCUUCGAAAUGAAGACCCACCCCAUCGAACGCCCCCGUUCCACCACCCCCAUCAACCCCAGCUGCCUCGAAGAGUACUGUGAAGACGUCAUGACAACCAUCAACACCAUCGAAAAACUCAAAAUAUCUCUGCCACGAAACGAAUCAGUUGAAAAAACUGUCAAAUCACCGCGAAAACCAAUCAGCAACACAACCAAUUGGUUUGAAUUUGCCGAGAAAGGGAUUAACACAGGAAGGCGUUCCUCGUUGACUCAGGACGAGACGCCGCCUCCACUGCCCCCGAAAGGGGUCCAAAAGGAGUGGAUUAAUUUUGAGGAAAUCCCCGAACGGAGAAAACCACCGAAACGGAUUCAAACGUUACCGUCACGUGGCCAUAUUGAAGUUUCUGAGAGUGUUUUACAGGAUAAUGUUGUGUAUAAUUAUGUGAAUCCCGAGGAGUGCAAGUGCGAGUGUCAUGAAAUGAGGGAGAGGAAAAAGGGCUGUGGAGGGGUGCAGGAGGAUGAGCUGCCCUUAUUGGAUGAUGAACAGGAGGAAAAGGAGGGGGAGAGGCUUAAGUUGGAUGUUGCGGUUGCUGAUCGGAGAAGUAUAGUAAGUGACUCUUCGGUAGAUUUAAGUGCAGCUGUAGAACCUCCGGAAGCGAACGGCAGUGUCAAAUUACGAACUCCAUUUACUAGUGAUUUAGGAGUGUCGAGUAACAGAUCCAGUAUUGUAUCCCAGGAUGAACCUGAAUCACCAGAUUCCGGAUCGCCAAAUGCCUUUCCUAAACCUUUAUUAGGGUAAUAAAACCAAUUUGAUUUAAUUAAUUAAAAAACCGACAAGUGUGACCUUUUAUUAAAAUUUGGAUGUUCUAGAAUAAAAUCAAUCAUCGCGCCCGACCCCUCACAAUAAAAGCCUUGUAUAUGAUUGUGUGUACGUAGGCCUAUCUCUUGUCCAAAAACUGUUAUUGUACUUUUCUUGUUACCUCUUGGACACAAAAAUUUAUUGUUACUUAUCAAGUGUUGACCGUUUCUUUCUGAUUAAAUUAUAUCAUGUUGAACUAUACGGUAACAAGACUUUGCUUGUUUAUAAGGACGUUGGUUAACUCACGAAUACUAUUGUACAGUAAUAUUCAGUAAUAAAAUAUACGUGUUGAAAAAAUCGCAUCGUCCCACCCAUGACUUGCAAUUUUUUCCUCUCUCUCUGCUAAUCAAAAUUCGGCGAAAUAUUUAUCAGUUCAGGAACCUUUGCCGAGCAAAUAACACAAUCUGCUGAAUCAUGAGGGCAAAAAAAACGCCAAAAUUCGCUUUCACUACUUUAUUAAAACCAAAAUUAUUGUAUCUUCGAUUUGAUAAUUUCGAGCGCUUUUCUCAAAUGCAUUGUACACAAAUCAAGGGGCGUCUGCCCGUCGCGAUUUUUCGUAUCCAAGUCGCCCCCAUUUUGCACCAACAACUUGGCGACAUCUUGUCUAUCCUCCUCACAGGCCAAAUGGAGCGGCGUAAACCCAUAAACAUCUCGCGCGUUUAUAUUCAAGUGUUGCGGACUUUCAAUCAACAGUCUCACAAUCUCUAGGUUCCCCUUGGAGGCAGCCCUGUGUAACGGAGUGGCCCCCCGUUUAUCACUUAUGUUAACAUUGGCCUUGUGUUCGACCAAUUUGGCACAAAU